GCAUUUGUAGUUCAUCCACAAUUGAAAUCUCAAUUAUCUUAGCUUCACCUACAACUCAAUUUCUGUGAUAAACUGAAGUAGAAUUUUCCAAUGGCCAUUCCCAUUUUCGUUUCUGGUCUCCUAGUUUUAUGUUUUAGUAUCAUUGCUAUUGCAUCAGAUCCUAGUCCUCUUCAGGAUUUCUGUGUUGCAGACGCCAACAGUACAGUUCUAUUGAAUGGUCUGGCCUGCAAGGAUCCCAAGCUGGCUCAGGCCAGUGAUUUCUCUUUCAGUGGUCUUCAAAUGGCAGGCAACACAUCAAACGCGGUUGGAUCUAGGGUAACUCCUGUUACAGUAACCCAGCUUCCAGGACUUAACACUCUUGGCAUCUCAUUUGCCCGGGUAGACUAUGCACCUUGGGGUAUCAACCCUCCCCACACGCACCCUCGGGCCUCUGAAAUCUUAACUGUCCUGAAAGGUUGCCUUGAAGUCGGGUUUGUCACCUCCAACCCUGACAACCGUCUCAUUACGAAGAUACUUCAAAAGGGUGAUGUUUUUGUCUUCCCCAUUGGCCUCAUCCACUUCCAAAGAAACGUGAGACCUGGCAGUGCUAUUGCCCUAGCUGCUCUGAGCAGCCAGAAUCCUGGAGUCAUCACAAUUGCUAAUGCAGUGUUUGGAUCAAAACCUGAUAUUUCGAGUGACAUUCUUGCAAAAGCUUUCCAGACAGAUGAGGCCAUUGUGAAAGACAUCCAAUCAAAGUUUUAGAGACAAGGUCAAGGAUUGCUGGAACAAGAAAGGGCCUGUUCAACCAAUCAGUCUUCUGUCUUUGUUUUUCAUUAGCGGUUUGAGUGAGUUUGCUUACGUUUUGCUUUUCUAUGUAGUAUUGCAAAAUCAGUGUCUAAUUUCAUGCCAAGAAGUUCACCAUGAUCCCGAAAUCAUGUAAUUCCAAAAAGCUUAGGGGGCUUUGCUUCUGGACAUUAUAAGACUGGCAAC